GCAAUAAGUGUUCAUUAAGAUCGAGCCUUAAUGUAAAAAAAAAUUCUUUUGGAAUGAGUGGGUCGUACUCUAAAGCGGAAAUGGAGUCACUAAAACCAACAUCUAGUAACAUGCCACAGAAAGCGGAUAUUUGUUGUUCAUGGAUGGGACGCUGUUUGUGUUUUGUUUCUUUUGCUCUGCUCGCUGUUCUAAUUCCAUUAGUUGUUCUCAAGCCCACAAAGAGUUCAGAGAUUUCAAACAGAACGUGUAUAGAGUGCUCCAAGCUGGUCCCCCACAAACAUUCAGAUUUUCAUUCACUGUACCGGACGUUGAUUAUCGACACACAAGGGGAGGUAGACAUGUGUUGUGCGGACAAUGAACAACAGUUAUCUGCCCUUAGGACGCUGAGAUUUCACAUAAAACUUAAAGAAAGAGAUAGGGUCAUUCAUUCUGUUUUGGAGAGUCCACGGAAUGCACUGGUCAAGAGCCAGCGCCAGACGCUCUACAACCAAGAGUCGGAGGUCAAAUAUACGGGCAUGUACUUAGUGUACAUCAACGCUAACUUCUGUCACCAGAUCAAUCACAGGGUGUGGUCAGCGACUGUGACCAGACGUCGACCAGGUGAUGACCGGAUGUCCGGUGCUAUCCUCACGACCAGAACUACUUGCUGUGACAACUGUACAACAGAGAAACAGACCAGUUUUACAGGCGCUGUGUUUGUCCUCCAUAAGCAUGACGUUCUAAAUAUAGUAACAUCACCAGAGAUCACACACAUCAACAGCUCACUCACGCAAACCUUUGGGUUUGUUCCCCUGUUCUCUGUCUAACAAUAAAACUAUUGCUU